AUUUAUGCUCCACUUGGAUGAGUUUGAGAAUAAAUUUAAAGGAUUAACACAAGAGUCCGGUUCAACAAAAGUAGCAGAGACUGUGCAGACAGACAAGGGUAAGAAAAUAUUAAGCCCACAUGUUGUCCGAGGGAAAGGGAGGCCGCCAACAAAAAGGAAGGUCCCACCUGUGGAGAAGGCUGUGACUAGGCGAAAGAAUAAACAGAUAUGCCGGAAAAUAUUUGACGAUACAUCCGAGCAAUGUGAGGUAUCGGAAGCUCCAGAAAGUGGUCAGAUACCAAGUGCAGGCAAUGAUGAUUUUGUUGUUCAAACACAAUGCAGUACUGUCGCACAACCAACACCACCUGACAAUGAGUAGGUGCUCCAAGAAGAAGA